AUGUGACGUCGCUGCGUGCGGCGCCUCUUGUUGCCGGGCAGCGAUGGCGGCUUCUCGGGAGUCCUCUGGGGAGGAUCCACUGCGGAACUUUGUGCGAGUUUUGGAGAAGCGAGAUGGCACAGUGUUACGACUGCAGCAGUAUGGCUCCGGCGGCGUGGGUUGCGUUGUUUGGGACGCUGCCAUUGUCCUUUCUAAAUACCUGGAAACGCCCGGAUUUUCCGGCGAUGGGGCCCACGCGCUGAGCCGGCGGUCGGUGCUAGAGCUGGGCUCGGGCACCGGGGCUGUGGGGCUCAUGGCCGCUACCCUCGGGGCAGAUGUCACAGUCACCGAUCUUGAGGAAUUGCAAGACUUGCUGAAGAUGAAUAUUAAUAUGAACAAGCAUCUUGUCACUGGUUCUGUUCAAGCCAAGGUACUGAAAUGGGGGGAAGAAUUAGAAGACUUUCCUUCUUCGCCAGACUAUAUACUGAUGGCUGACUGCAUAUACUACGAAGAGUCUUUGGAGCCAUUGUUGAAAACCCUAAAAGAUCUCAGUGGGUCUGAGACUUGUAUUAUAUGUUGUUAUGAACAGCGAACAAUGGGGAAAAAUCCAGAAAUCGAGAAAAAAUAUUUUGAGCUCCUUCAACUAGACUUUGACUUUGAAAAAAUUCCUUUGGAAAAACAUGAUGAAGAAUAUCGAAGUGAAGAUAUUCACAUUUUAUACAUCAGAAAGAAAAAAUCGAAAUUUCCAUCAUGAAAUCUUUAGUCAUCUUACCCAGGCCUCUUAACAACGUGGGUAAGCUAAUAACGUGAAUGAAGCAUGUGAAUACAGCAUGGGAAGAUUGUGUUCACAGAUUUUUUCAGCAUGUCUUUAGGGAUCCGAUCUAUAGAUAACCACCACUGGCUGCCUGCAAUAUGAAAAAUGACUUGACUGACUGCCUACCUACCAAUGGGCCUGAAAUCCAACUUAGUUUACUUUUAGCUCCACAUCAAGUUCUGCUUAAAAGAAAUAUUGUGUCACUCACUCCUCCAAUAAAAAUAGGUACUGAGGUUAGCCUAAAGUCUGCCAAAAAUAAUGAAGUAGCAUGGUUGGCUUGGCGUGUUUUCAGGAAAAUAGAGGUAAGUUGAUCCAGUUUCUAAAGAGAGGUAUCAGUUACUCUUUAAUAAUGUUUAAAUUCAAAUCAGUAAAUUUUAAUUUGUCAUCAAGAUAAAUUUAAGAGAGGGUUUUAACAUUUAUACAAUGGAUUUUAUUAUAAGUAUCUUCCACUUCAUUGUUUUUCAGACAACUUUAAUAUUUGUGUUCUUUUACUUGAGAAAAAAAAAACAACAAAAAACAAAAAGACUGUUUUGUGACCAAAGUUCUGUGCUUUUCCUUCACCUUGCUGAUUACAGUAUAAUUUACCCUGUGAAUUACAUAAUAAAUUAUACUGUGGUCGGUUAAUAAAGAUGAAAGUAAGAAGUCAGAGUGCAAGGGGUAUCUGUAAAAUUUUUUAUUUGAGAAUGGAGUGAGAAUAAAAGGCCCAGCUUUAGGCUCGUGUACUUUUCCUCAUGCGUAGCUCCCAGGAAAAUGUGGCUAAAUCACUGGUGAUAACUUGUUUAUAUGAAACAGAAAGCUAUUUAAAUAACUACAAGUGUAGUUCUGUGUACAUUUACCAAAUGAUUCUUUUUCUGUGUGGUCUCUGUUUUAUGUUAUGAUAAUCAUCUGUUCUCAGACUGAUCUGUCAGGACUUCCCAGUCGCACUGGUUCCAAAGCAUAAUAGUAACCAGAUGGAAUGCUGGUACUUAACAGGCAUUGGUGCUAGGUGGCACAUUUUAUGUGUUAAAAUAAACAUUGUUUUUGAGA